AUGAAUGCCAUCGACUUCGCCGCGACUGGAGGCGGUGAUGCCGAAACGGUAACGACAGCGAUAGCCGCGGUGGUAUCAGCCUUCCAAAGCGGCGCUGCCAUCCUGGAGCGCAUGAAGCGCAGAGGCGCACCCAGCCUUGCCUCCCCCGUCCCGCGAGUGCUCGAAGAGAGCAUCGUGCAGGCGCCGGAUGAGAUCCAGCGGGAGCGCCUUCGUGGAAUCCUAAGGUUCGGGCCUCAGUUUGAGAGCGGAGAUGUCACGGCUGUAAUUGCCCUGCAACGGAUCACGAUUCAGCUGCAAAACUCUUUACUCAACAAACUUCGAGAUGUGGAAGAUGGCGAAGCUGAUAUUAUGGCUCUGGCCCGAGCAGCCGAUUUGGGCAGAGAUAACACCAUCACGACCUUGAUCGCACUGCGACAGCGCCUGGCUCAAGCAGAGAUGACCCGUGAGACGCAAAGCACGCCAGCCACAUCAGCUCGUCCUCCUUCCACGCAAGGUCAUCCAGCAAUGAGCCCUCCUCGUGAACAGUACUAUCCGCCACCGGUCCCACCGAAGAACAACAGCCGGAGAGGCGAGAACCCGGUCAUGCCGUUCAGUCCUGCCACGAACAUCUCCCGGUUCACUUACAGAGAGGUAGAGGAGGAUCAGUUCGAAAUACAGAGCACUUUCUCUGCCUCCCGACCACAAUCCGAGCGCAACAUCAGCGUCCGCACCGCUGGCCCGAGACGACAGAGCAUGAACUCUGAUCAGUCAGGUUCCACAGGGCAGUCACCGCAUCGCACAACCUCUCACGAUUCGGUCCGGCAGGUCGACAAGACAUAUCCGCUGAACUUCAUCAUCGGUAGCCAGUAUCCUAGCCGCAGCAACAACUAUCUCGGAUUCUGCAAGGCAGCGUGGAACCUGCAAUGCGGAGACGACAAGGCGAUGACCAAAGCAAAGGACUUUACCCAAUCGGCGCAGUCGAAGUACUAUUUCUUGAGCUGUUCGAAAGCUCGAUGCUCAUUCACCGGCCGUGAUCAAAGCGCUAUGAGUAAUCGUGCCAUCACAGAUCUCACCCGGGGCAUCAGAUACCGCUGGUCGUUCCUGGCAAAGAGCCAUGCGCCUGCCAAGAGUCCGCAGGAAGACCAAUUCACAUUCGUCUGCAUGUUCUGUGCAUUCGCCGGCCACAAGUCCCCGCCUAUGAAACUUUCCGCUUUCCUGGAACACAUCAGCCACCAGCAUCGCGGCAACGGUUUGAGUGAGGUGAUUCUGCAUCGGACAUGCUGCAUUCAAGGUCGCAUCUGCUAUGACAACGAGACGUUCGACAUAAACUUGCUGCCGCUCGAGGAAAUGAAGGAGGGCAGAGCGCGUGACAGUGGCUAUGUGGGCUCUCCGAGGUUGGGUGUGGACGAGACGCCGGCGACAAUAGCUGAGCUUUCGGCGAAGCGGCGGACUCAGAUCAAGUCUGACGUCUUUGAGCUCGGUACGUCGUGA